UUAUGCCAUCUAUUAUUCCGUUUUACCUCCUUGUAUCCCUAAUUUCCAAGGGGACCCCCCCUUCCCCUGCAAAUCAGCAUUUUUUUUUAAUCUUCAGUUAUUACCCAUAAACCAAUGUUUAAUGAUAAAAACGUUAAAUGUACGUUGAGACAGUUUCCGCGAGUUUCUCUCAUCCAUUACACCAAAUGUUGUUUUCCCUCUCCAUAUUCUUCUUGCUGUGUCCUGAUCUUGUUGGAUUCGGGAUUUUUUUCAUGAAAAUAACAUACCCACUCGCGUUAAUUGCCUGCGAUUCUCAAAUUCAUUCUCCAACAGAUCUGAGUCUCUGUAAAGAUAUUUAUUGCAGAGAAAAGGAUCUUCUUUCUGGAUAAUCUGCGCUGUUCAUUUAUUCCACUGGAUUGCCAAAGUUGCUAUAUUUGGUUUAGUUUAAUGAAAACCUCCAUCAAUGUGGUCUAAUUGGGAUAGAGUGGAUGGAUGUAUGUGAAUCAGAGCAAGCAUUACGGAAACACAGAACUAGGGAGAGCCCGAGAUCGAGUACGAGACACCCUUUGGUUCCAGCUGAAAAGAACAAUGCAAUCACCACCAGGCGCCCGACAACCGGGGAUGUUAGUUCAAGGUAUAAGUCACCUACUCCGGCAUCCCCAUCUGGUCCUCGUCGAUGCCCAUCUCCAAACAGCUUCACAAGAACAACGGCAUCAUCUAAAUUGUUACCAAAGAGAGCUCAAUCAGCUGAUAGGAAGCGGCCUGCAACGCCUCCUUCCCCGUCAAGUCCUUCUACACCCGUCCAAGAUGACGUGCAUUUAUCCAGAAGGGUAGCCAGUAGCCGUCUGCCGGAGACUCUAUGGCCUUCCACAAUGCGAAGUUUGAGCGUUUCUUUUCAGUCAGAUACCAUAUCGAUACCAGUGAGCAAGAAAGAGAGGCCUGUUACUAGUGCUUCUGAUCGUACUCUACGGCCAACUUCAAACGUGGCGCACAAGCAGGUUGAAACACCAAAUACACGAAAGCCCACACCAGAGAGAAGGAGAAGUCCUCUUAAAGGGAACAAUACUUCUGAUCAGUCUGAGAACUCAAAACCAGUUGAUGGUUUGCAUUCUCGAUUGAUAGAUCAGCAUCGGUGGCCAAGUAGAAUUGGUGGGAAGGUAUCUUCUAAUACAUUAAAUAGAAGUGUUGAUCUUUCAGAUAAGAUAACUAGAACGUUGAACAGUUCUGUUCCAGGAACUGGUGUAUCCUCACUGAGAAGAUUGUCAUUACCAGGUGAUGCAAGUAAGCCCUUGCAAAAAACUUCUACUGAUGUUGCAAGGCUAUUGUCGCUUGUUGAAAAUGGUAGAAUAGGAAGCGAGGUGAAGGCACUUGAUGACAGCUUCCAGGUGUUAAGACCUCACAAAUCUAUUUCUGCCACUUCUGAUAAAACAGGAUUAGCAUUUGCUGGAGUCAGAUCUCAGACCUUGACGAUUCCAGGAUCACGUCCUGCCUCACCAAGUAGGACCUCAAUGCUAUCCUCUUCUAGUUCAAGAGGCAUCAGUCCAUCUCGGUCAAGGCCAUCCACCCCUUCUCCUAGAGGGGUUAGUCCAAGUCGAAUAAAGCCAACCAACUCAUCCAACCAAUCCAACAAUUCCAUUUCAGUGCUUAGCUUUAUUGCUGAUUUUAAAAAAGGAAAAAAAGGUGCAGCUUACGUUGAAGAUGCUCACCAAUUAAGACUUAUCUAUAACAGAUACCUGCAAUGGAAAUUUGCCAAUGCAAGAGCAGAGGAUGUAUUUUAUGUCCAAAAUGCAAUUGUAGAGAAAACUUUGUAUAAUGUAUGGAGCACUACUUUGUCUAUGCGUGAGUCGAUUACUAGGAAGAGGAUCUAUCUGCAGCAGCUGCAGCUUGAGCUGAAGCUGAAUUCUAUAUUGAAUGAUCAAAUGACCUACCUUGAUGAUUGGGCUGCUCUUGAAAGCGAUCAUGUUGAUGCUCUAUCUGGGGCUGUAGAAGACUUAGAGGCAAACACUCUUCGUCUUCCACUGACUGGAGGGGCAAAGGCAGAUUUUGAGCACUUGAAGGUUGCUAUCUGUUCAGCUGUUGAUGUCAUGCAAGCAAUGGGAUCUGCAAUCCGCCCUUUGCUCUCACGGGUGGAGGACAUGAAUAACUUAAUUUCUGAAGUUGCUAUCAUAUCAGCACAGGAGAAAGCCAUGCUUGAUGAAUGUGAAGCGCUACUGGCUUUUGCAACGUCUAUGCAGGUCGAGGAAUAUAGCCUUCGUACGCAUCUGAUGCAGAUCAAGCAAGCUUUGGAGGUAAACAAGUAACCAAUCUCCGAAAUUUAGACACGCAUGAGCCUGACCUGCUACCAAGCUAACAAGUAAUAGUCUCUUGCUGCUGCAGCCAAAGUAGUAGUAUUAGUAUGUAAAUUUUUCAAAUAGGUUUCUUCUUUUUCUCCCUCUUACCACAAAUAUGUUGGAAUUUAUAUUGUUCAAUUAUUAUCUUUUUUCUUUCUAGUCAACACUGGUGGCCCGAGUCUUCCACUUGUAAUUUUGUAUCAGGCAGAUGAAAAGAAAAUGCAAAGAAAAGGAGCAAAAGAGUUUAUAUUUGAGCUGUAAUUUUGACACUCAAAUUUGACAUCAAUUUUCCACAAGAAAUCUCAUGGUUAAUCUUUUUAAAUA